AUGGAAACGGCAAGCAAGACUGAAAGGUCCCCGGAGCCACCAGUCCGGAUACUGGUCCAAACCUUAACCCACUUGGUCCCAGGAAAUGACAGUUUUGAGCGAACGUUUUCAAUAUUGAACCGUAUAUGCCAGCACCACUGGAACUGUGAUUUCAGUGUUCCGAAAUUCCGCUGGGCGUCGUACAAUUGUCAAUUUGCCUUUAACAACCGACGUUGCUUCUUCCUAGUAGAUUAUGGUGAAUCUCAGAAUGAUGAUGAUGUGCCUGUUCUGUUCUAUGAGUGGACGGGAGAGACUCUAAAACCACUACCACAACUAGCAAGGGACCAAGAGAUCCAGGCUAAGCUUAAAGAAGAUGUUCCUUUUACUUGGCAGCCAUCGAAACGUGAGAAGCCAGAACUUCCGAUACCUAAGCUUGUAAAAUCAAGACUUUCUUAUGAGGAAAAUCUUCUGGUUUCUGAAAUGGAUUACAUGAGGGAGCAUCCGGAGGAUGUAAAAUGGCUUAAGGUCCAUGUUAGGCCUAGACUAUGGAGGAAAUUUGUGGCUGAGAUGAAUGCCAACAAGUCUCCUGGUGAUCCAGACAUCGAAGAAUAGCUGUGAUCAUCGAGGCUAUUGGAAGGCAGAUGCCAUACGCGCCUGUCUUUAAUGGAAAUCAAGUAUGAUGUAAAAA